AAAUAUAGGACGCUCGCCCUGGCUCCGUGUGAGGGCAGUAGGCUUGGUGCGCAGAACAGGAAUCCGAUGUCAGCCCUGCGGUAGAGGCCCGAAUCUUGGACAGUCCCGCACUCCACGUAAUAGACACGACUGUGUGGUAAUACGGACCUAUAUAACCUGGAUAGGAAACGCAACAGAUAGUUACACAAGUCCGUGGUGGUACAAACAGGCAGCGAACUGUCACAGACAGCAGGACAUGAUCUGUGUGGUCUGAGAAUUUGAAAUAUACAGACACAAUACUUCUUCAAUACUAAUUAUGGGCUCAGCACUGUCCACGGUCAGGGAGUACCUGACCCCUGCGUUGGAACGUGUGCAGUCGUUUCUACCCCCGGAUGUAUCCGUCUCAAUCCGCACUGUCCUCGUCUUCUCGUCCACCCUGCUUCUAGGCUAUCUGCUCCUUAGAAGGGAUGGGAAGAAACGGCCACCCGGGCCUUUUGCGUUCCCCGUCGUGGGCAACAUGCCGCAGAUGGCCGGCAUCAAGGACGUCCAUCGCUUCAUGAUGAAGCUGCGAUUACGUUACGGCGACGUGUUCAGGCUGAAGAUAGGGCCGAUGACGACGGUGGUGGUGUGCGGCCCCAGUCUUGUACGCGACACUCUGGUGAACAAGGGCAGCUACGUCAUCAACAGACCCAACUGGAUCUAUAUCAUCGACAAAAUCUUCAAGGGGAAAGGUGUGUUCUGGAGUAAUGGCGACCAAUGGCGCCACAUGAGGAAAUUCGCUGUCGUGGCCCUGAGGAACCUGGGGGUUGGGAAGCGUUCCCUGGAGGAGCGCAUAUUCGAGGAGUGUAGCAUCCUGAUCGAGGCGUGGGAGGACCUGGACGGGCGCAGCUUCAACAUCAAGCCGUACCUGGCAAAUGCUGUGGCCAACAUCAUAUGCAACAUCGUGUUCGGGGAGAGGUUUGAGUACACAGACAAGGAGUUCAAGGAGCUGCUGGGGUACCUGGAGUUCCUCUUCAAGAACGCUGGUAUCCAGGUCCCUGAAAACUUCUUCCCGUGGAUCAGGUACAUCCGGGGAGAUGCGCCAGCGCAGAAGAUGAUAAACAACGACAAGAAAUUGCAGGAGUUUGUGGUGAAGAAAGUGAACGAGCACAGGGUGGACUUUGACCCCGAUAACCUGAGAGACUUCAUUGACCUCUUCCUGAAGACAGAGCAAGAAGGGGACAGUAAAAUCGCUGUGGAGGACGUGUUCCGGACCACUGUGGACCUAUUCCUGGCAGGGUCGGAGGCGACGUCUGUGGCGCUGCAGUGGUUUUUGCUGUACAUGGCGCGCUUCCCAGACAUCCAGCAGCGUUGCCUGGACGCAGUCAAGAAGGAGACGGGCGGUGGGCGGCCCGUGAGUCUGGCGGACAAGGACAAGCUGACUUACAUAGUCGCCACCCUCAACGAAGUCCUGCGCCUGGCGUCCGUAGCGCCGAUGGCACCCCCGCACUCUGUGGUGAAACCAGUGGAGAUCGGAGGCUACAAUCUCGACGUCAACGACCUCGUGGUGUUCCAUCUUUAUUCCUGCCACAUGGACCCUGAGUUAUGGACAAAACCGGAAGUGUUCCGCCCCGAACGCUGGAUAGACGAGGAGGGCAAGAUCAUCAAGAACCCGGCUUUCAUGCCAUUUGGGGCAGGGCCUCGCACGUGUUUGGGGGAACCCCUGGUGAUGAUGGAGCUGUUCCUGUUUGCCGCCAACUUGUUGCAGCGGUUUGAGUUCCGACUGGAACCUGGCGCUGAAAUACCGAGUCUUGAAGGGCAUCAGGAUGGCAUCACUAACAGACCCCUUGACUUCGGCUUGCAGGCACUCGCCCGCUCCACGGCCUAACUCUCAUGUGAAAUAAUAUGUGUGCAGCAGAGCGAGUAUGGUGUAGAAGUAAAGGGCCAAGCAGACGACAUCUAAGAGCUGAUUAUAUUAAAAAAACAAAACUUUUUGAUAAAGCAAAAAGACAAGCACAGAGAAAAGAUAUCCGAGAAACUUGUCAGAGUUAGAAACUGUGUGCGAUGAGGAAAACAAAGAAUUCUGGAAGAAAAUAGGCGUGGGAAAUGAGAGGAGGAAAUCAGUGGCAAUGAAAGUGAGACUGGAGGAUGGAAGUAUCACCGAUAAUAAAGAUGCUGUGUUGAAACAGUGGAAAGAGUACAGUGACCUACCUAAUUGUAAUUACUCUGAUGAAACUGUGAAUGAUCAAAAGACUGAGGCUCCAAACACGGAUAAGAUUAGAUUUGAACAGAGCUGUCACACACGAGGAAGUGUGGGAGGCACUCAGCUCGGCUAAGCCAGAGGCUCAAGGUUAUGAUAAUAUCCCAA